AUGGAAACAAAAAACGUAACAGAGCUGACAGAGUUCAUUCUCACAGGACUUAUACAUCAACCAGAGUGGCAGAUCCCCCUGUUCCUUCUGUUCUUGAUGAUAUACCUCAUCACCAUUGUGGGAAACCUUGGUCUAAUCGCUCUCAUCUGCAAUGACCCUCACCUUCACAUUCCCAUGUACUUAUUCCUUGGGAAUCUGGCCUUUGUGGAUACUUGGUUAUCCUCCACAGUGACCCCCAAAAUGCUGCUCAACUUCUUUGCCAUGAGCAAAAUGAUCUCUCUGUAUGAAUGUAAGAUACAGUUUUUUUCCUUUGCAAUUUGUGUAACCACAGAAUGUUUUCUGCUGGCAACAAUGGCAUUCGAUCGCUAUGUGGCCAUAUGCAAACCAUUACUUUAUCCAGUGAUCAUGACUAACAGACUAUGUAUCUUGCUGUUAGUUUUGUCAUUUUUAGGUGGUCUCUUCCAUGCCAUAAUUCAUAAUGCUUUUUUACUCAGAUUAACCUUCUGCAAUUCCAUCAUAGUACAUCACUUUUAUUGUGACAUUAUACCAUUGUUUAAGAUUUCCUGUACUGACCCUUCAAUUAAUUUUCUUAUGGUAUUCAUUUUUGCUGGAUCAAUACAGGCAUUCACCAUUUCCAUUGUUCUUGUCUCUUAUACACUUGUUCUCUUUACAAUCUUAAAAAAGAAGUCUCUACAAGGAAUAAGGAAAGCCUUCUCCACCUGUGGAGCCCACCUCCUGUCUGUCUCUCUAUACUAUGGGCCUCUUCUCUUCAUGUAUGUGCUCCCUGCAUCUGCACAAGAAAAUGAUCAGAAUAUGAUGGACUCUCUGUUUUACACUGUCAUCAUUCCUUUCUUAAAUCCAAUAAUUUACAGCCUGAGAAAUAAGAAAGUCAUAGACUCACUAACAAAAAUGGUAAAGAGAAAUGUUUAG